CAAAGAAAAAAAAAAGUUUUUCCUCUUUACUCUCUCUCUCUCGUUUGUCUAAAGAUCUGCCCUCUUCCAAUUGAAAAAGAAAAAAAAAAGGUUUUUCCUCUCUACUCUCUUUCUCUGGUUUGUCUGAGAAACCCUAUAGCUCUGCUUUGAGAAUUCAUCAAUGGCGACACAAAGAGAACUAUUGGAGCGAUGGAGAAGCAUUGAAGAAGAAGAAGACGAAAACGAUGAUCGUAUUGAUCCCUCCAAAAGCCGUCGUCUUCACCACCACAAAGAACAAUGGUUCACAGACGCGUUUACUUAUUUGAUAUCUUUGCCAAAAGAUCAUCACAUCUGGUGUGGCUCUUGGGAUUUAAUGGGACCUCUUUUGGAGACGUUUUACAACUACUUCAAAGAUGAGCGUGAUGAUUCUCCUCUCAGACGUCUAUGGAGGAGAAUUUCCGAGGAAAUGCGGCAGUGUGUCCAAUGUGUUACCCAACAUCAUCAAGCCCAAGAAAUGUAUAACAUGGAGUAUGAGUUGAGUUCUAUCGGUCCCCUUUUUGACGUGUUGCAAAGUCUUGAUGAAGAAAGGGUAACUACGCACUUAAAAGAGAUAAAUGCUAAAUUAGUGCAAGAUGAUUAUGAUCCAGCUUGUGGUGACGCUGAAGUUAUUAGUGUUAUGUAUGAGGUUUUGAUGUUCCCUCGUCUGUUAGAUGAUCAGUCUUUGUUUACUGAAUUUGAAAAUUUUAUUGAAGCCAUUGAUAAUAUACACGAACUUGCUCUAUAUGGACAGCAACAGUUUCCGGGUGUUUAUGCAUUAUUUUUCUUUAAAAGAAGAGUAAGAUCAGUUGGUUAUCGUUUAGCUGGAUCUAUGGGAAAAUUAAGGAGAGCAACAGACUUGGAACCCUUACAGCCUUUGAUUAAGAAAUUCAUUGGCUUUUUGGAGGCAGAAGUUUUGCCAUCAGCCACAAAGACUUCAAGGCCAAGAGCUGAGCUGGAUCGUGUAUCCAUUUGGCUUGGCAUCAAAUCAUUGCUUGGAUUCUUAGAAGCACCAGCCUUUGAAGAAGGGAUUUUAGAGCAAUAUCCUAUAUUUUUUGAUAUCGUACUUAACCACAUUAGCAGUGAUUCCAUAGAUUUUUCUUAUGCAGUUGCUUGCUUGCGACUACUCUUUGAAAUGCUUGGUUGUAAACUUUGGUUGAGGUCUACGCUGUCUCCAAGUGUGAUGCGCAAUACUCUUUUGGGUCAGUGUUUUCGUACUCGAAAUGAGAAAAGCCAUAAAGACAUUUUUGAUCUUUUUCAGCCUUUUCUUCAGUCUCUUGAAGCCUUGCAAGAUGGGGAACACGAGAAGCAACGUAGGCAUUUUCUCUAUUUUCUCCUCCAUCAAGUACCCGUGAGCAGUAACUUCAGUGUUUUAACUAGGCAGAAGGCUUGUCAGAUAGCCCUUCUUAUUGUUCAUCGUGGUUAUUCAAUGAACCCACCAUGUCCCCCUUCUGAAUGUGCACACAUGUGGGGCCCUCCUCUUGUCUCAUCUCUGAAGGAUUACUCUCUUCACAAUUCUUUACGACAACCUGCCUUAGAUCUCAUCCAAACUGUUCUAGUAUCUGAUGCUGCUGUCUUAAUAAGUUCCUUACUGAGUUGUUGCCCACCACCAAGCCCUGAAAGAAGCACAUUGCAUGAAUUGACUGAUGAUGAUGAUGAUGAUGUUGGAUUACUUGCUAUGGAUGCUGAAGAGGAUGAAAGUUCCUGGAAGGACUUUAGUGUGCAGGGAAAAAUUGCAUCUCUGGAUUUUAGAGAAUGGAUGUGCAUUCCAAUGUUAUGGACUGACGUCCUUGUUGACAUCAAUCCCUCGGUCCUUCCUACAUCAUUUUCCAAGGCUGUUUUUUGGGCUAGGUCUCGUUUUACCAUGGUGGAACCUGAAAUAGGUCCAGAAAUGGCACUUCCAGUUAGAACAUGGCUUUCUUCCUCUGAAAUCUCCCCAACAUUUGGGUGGAAGGUUCCAACUGGUUCCAAUGACGGUGGAGAUGAGGACCGAAAAAACUCAAUAAAAGUGUCAACAAUGUUGCAUCCUCUAAUUCGAGCAUUCAACAGGUUAACAACCCAUUUCUUAGUUCAGGUGGGCCAGGGGGAACUUCAGAAGCGGUGGACUUGGGAACCAAGAAUGGGGGAAAGCUUGAUUCUUUCACUUCUGGAUGCCCAUGAUACUGUGAGACAGUUUGGGAAGUGCAUCUUGGAACACGUUUCUGACACGAGGGGUCUUGCUUCUGGCCUGAAGUUUCUUUGUUCUUCUGGAUCUUCGUUAUCUGCUAUUUUGUUAGGCUUGAAACAUGCUGUGAAACUGGCCCAACUGGAUAGCGUCAUACUAAAGUUUCAGUCACUACAACAUUUUUUCUUUGUUCUUCAAAAAUUGCUUGAUGAAGGGGAGUUGCCUACUGCUUGUGUACCAGAAAAAUCCUCUCAUUAUUUAGGAAUGACAAAAUUCUCCACAGAUGGCGGAUUUCUCACGCAGCCAGUCUUUGAAUCUUUCCCAGAAACUGUUGAUCAGAAAUCAAUUGAAAUUGAUAUAAAAUUACGACAAAGAUUCUGUUGCUUACUAUCAGAAACUGCCUGGCCUUCUGUUCGGAGGUGCUUGUUUGAAGGGAAGGGAUUUGUUGAUUACAGUGCUUGUCAGAUGACUUGUGUUCGUCUGCUUGAGAUCCUUCCUGUUUUAUUUGAAAAGUUUUAUCCUUCUUUUAUCAAGAAGUCUGGUUCUUUUGGAAUAUUGGAAAGUCCAUUUGAUUUCUCUUGGCUUCAUGAUCUUGUGGAUUGGGGAAAGUCAAAGCUUAAAGUUGUAGUUGUAUACUGGAAAAGAGCAGUUGGUUCUUUGCUGAAGUUAUUGAAAGGUUCAAGUCAUAAUACUGUUGAAUCGAUUAUCAAGGCCAUUGAAGAUCUUAUAUCAUGUGACAGUGUUGCCAUGGAUGAAUUAACCGAACAAGUAUCAUACCUCUCUGUUAGUUUAUCUAAGGAAGCUUCAGAUAAUGCUAAAAGGAACUCCAGUUCUGAAAGCUCAUCUUUAAAAAUGAAAGAGUCUGCUUUGGAUUUUCAGUCUUUGCCCAUCGAAGAUACAGAUGUUGAAAUCCUAGAUCCAGCUACAAUGAGUGAUAAAAAAGACGGUGAUAAUCUGAUUGUUUUGUCUGAUGAUGAAGAAGAAGUUUCACCCAGUGAGUUCAUGUUAUCUGAUGCUAAUAAAAAGGUAACUGACCAUGUUGAUGAAAUCACUUCAAAAAUUGACCUAACGAGGAAGAAAGCAUAUGGCAACACUCCAAAGGAAAUGUCAAAGACUUUCUUGCAAGAAGUUGAUACAGAUGGUUCUGCAUCACGGGUGGACUCUGAUGAGUUAAAGAAAGUAGCAUCUGCCGCCUUCCAGAAAUCAGAAGCUACGGAUAAUAAUCAGAAAGAGAAACUCUCCGAGCGCAAUAUAAAUUACUCUUUAAAAUCUCAGGGGGUAGUUAAUUUGAAGAGCUCAUCUGAUGGAGCUGUUGGUUUGAAAAGUUCGAGUAAUGCUCGUGAGAGUGUGGCUCUGAAAACGACUGAUAACAUACUGAAAGAGAAAAUCUCGGAGUGCAAGAUAAAUUACUCUUUAAAAUCUCAGGGGGCAGUUAAUUUAAAGAGCUCAUCAGAUGGAGCUGUUAGUUUGAAAAAGUCAAGUAAAGUUUGUGAGAGUGUGGCUCUGAAAAGGAAUGAUAACAUGCUGAAAGAGAUAGUAUGUGAUGCAGAAGAUGAUCCAUUGGAGGCUGACCUCAAUUCUACGAAACGUCAGCCAUCAUCCUUAGCAAAACCAAGCAUUUUUCUUCCCAAGCGACAACUUAUCCAACUCAAAACACCUAUUGGAAAUAAAUCUGGCCAUUUUCAGAGGCUGGCAGCUCGAGUAAGAAGGUUCCAACCACCACGGCUUGAUGACUGGUAUAAGCCUAUCUUAGAGAUAGAUUACUUUGCAACAGUAGGGUUGAAGUCAUCAAGCAAAGAUGACGAACGUACAGUUGGAAAGUUCAAGGAGGUACCUGUAUGUUUCGAAUCACCCGAAGAGUAUAUCAAGAUUUUCCAGCCAUUGGUUUUGGAGGAAUUCAAGGCGCAGUUACGGAGCACUUUUCUAGAAAUGCCUUCAUGGGAAGAGAUGUAUUUUGGUGUCUUAUCAGUGCUUUCAGUCGAAAGAGUCGAUGAUUUUCAUCUUGCUCGCUUUUCUCAUGAUGACAAUGAUUCUGCAGCGUCAAGAUCCCUUUCAGAAAAUGACCUUGUUUUGCUUACGAAAGAGCCCCUGCAAAAAUUAUCUCAUGAUGUUCACAUGGUUGGGAAGGUGGAGAGGCGCGAGAGAGACAAUAAGAGAAGGCUGAGUAUCCUACUCAUCAGGUUUUAUCUUCAAAAUGGUACUUCACGUUUAAACCAAGCCAGAAGGAAUCUCCUGGAACGUAGUAAAUGGCAUGCAAGUCGCGUUAUGAGCAUUACUCCUCAACUUCGAGAAUUUCGGGCAUUAUCAUCAAUAAAGGAGAUCCCAUUGCUUCCAGUUAUUUUGAAUCCAGUAAAUAAUUCUCCUAGUUCUAAUGAAUCUCUGAAAGUAGACCUUAGAAAGCUAUCCCAACCGUUGCAGCAAAUACUGAAGUCAUCCUUUAAUGAUAGUCAACUUCAGGCGAUCAGUGCUGCAACUGAGUUCGUUAAUUCGAAUAAAUUAGAAUUAUCUCUUAUCCAAGGUCCUCCAGGUACUGGUAAGACUCGUACUAUUUUGGCUAUUGCUAGUGGUUUACUUGCCUCCCCCUUGCAAAAGAUGGAUCAAGCUGCAAAUCCUCCUUUUAGCAGUUUGAAAAGGAGUAAUUCUUCAUUACCUAAGAUUAGUGAGACUGCUGCUAUUGCAAGGGCAUGGCAGGAUGCUGCCUUGGCUAAACAAUUGAAUGACGAUGUGCAAAUGAAUGCAAAAACUACUGAUGUUCCCGUCAGAAGAGUGCUCAUUUGUGCUCAAUCUAAUGCUGCAGUUGAUGAAUUGGUAUCAAGAAUAUCUAGUCAAGGCCUUUAUCGCAGUGAUGGGAAGAUGUACAAGCCAUAUGUUGUGAGGGUUGGGAAUGUGAAAACAGUUCAUCCAAAUUCUUUACCUUUCUUUAUUGAUACACUUGUUGAUAAUCGUUUGGUAGAUGAGAUGAUGAAGUUGAAUGAUGCCAAGAAUGAUGUGAAUGCACACUCUUCAUCAGAAUUGCGUUCUAAGUUAGAAAAAUUAGUUGAUUGUAUUAGAUCCUAUGAGGCCAAGCGUGCUAACUUAAGUGAUGGAAAUUCUAACCUUAAGAAGUCCUUGGAAGAUGAUGCUCAUAAGGGAGAUGAUUCGAAGGAAAUGUCUGACAUAGAAGUCCAGGUAAAGCUAAGAAAGCUUUAUGAGCAAAAGAAGCAAAUUUAUAAAGAUCUUAGCAUUGCUCAAGCGCAAGAGAAGAAAACUAAUGAAGAAAUUAGAGGACUUAGACAUAAGCUUCGGAAAUCUAUAUUAAGAGAAGCUGAAAUAGUGAUAGCUACAUUAAGUGGCUGUGGGGGAGAUCUGUACGGAGUAUGUUCUGAAUCAAUAUCAACUCAUAAGUUUGGUAGUCCAUCUGAACAUAAUCUUUUCGAUGCUGUUAUUAUCGACGAAGCUGCUCAAGCUCUGGAACCUGCAACUCUGAUUCCUCUUCAGCUUUUAAAGUCUAAUGGAUUCAAAUGUAUAAUGGUUGGUGACCCAAAGCAGCUUCCAGCAACUGUAAUUUCAAAUGUUGCAAGUAAAUUUCAUUUUGAAUGUAGCAUGUUUGAGCGUUUACAAAAGGCUGGUCACCCUGUUGUUAUGCUGACGAAGCAGUAUAGGAUGCACCCAGAGAUUUGUCAGUUCCCUUCUAUGCAUUUUUAUGAGCGGAAGUUGCUGAACGGUGAAAUGUCUAACAAAUCAGCCCCAUUUCACGAGACUGAGGGCCUUGGGCCCUACGUUUUUUACGACAUAAUCGAUGGACGGGAGCUUCGUAGUAAGAAUUCCGGUGCUUUUUCUCUUUAUAAUGAGCAUGAGGCUGAUGCUGCGGUUGAAGUACUCAAGUUUUUCAAGAAUAGGUAUCCAUCUGAAUAUUUUGCUGGAAGAAUUGGGAUUAUUACACCAUACAAAUGUCAGCUGUCAAUAUUGCGCUCUCGGUUUUCUAGUGUCUUUGGAUCUUCUAUCAUAGAUGAUAUGGAAUUUAAUACUGUUGAUGGUUUCCAAGGUCGGGAGGUUGAUAUAUUGAUACUUUCCACUGUAAGAGCAGCGGAACAAAACACUGUUGCCCCAGGGAUUACCUCCAGCAAUAUUGGAUUUGUUGCUGAUGCAAGACGCAUGAAUGUUGCACUGACAAGAGCCAAGCUUUCACUUUGGAUUAUGGGUAAUACACGGACAUUGCAAAUGAACAAAAACUGGGCCGCCCUCAUUAAGGAUGCCAAGGAGAGAAAUCUAGUUAAAACAGUUAAAAGGCCAUAUCGAUUCAUGUUUAAAGCAACUUUACAUAAAAGUUGUGCCGCAGAGAACUUUGACAAUUAUCUUAAGCAGCCAAAAUCUAUUGAAAAGGUUGAAGAUGCUCGACGGCAUGUGAAUCAGCAUGAGAGGAGUUCAAAAGGAAACACUAAAAGGAGAACAAAUAACAUCAGUCAUGGAAAUAAAGGGAGAGAUAAUGAAGUUGAAAGUAAUUCUUCAGCAACUAGAGAUGAAUUUGGGAUGAAGAAAAGGAAUGCUAGAGAUGAACUUGAUUUUCCAGUGAAGAAUUCUUCAUCUGUAGCUGUUGCAGGUGUUGACAACAAAACUUCAGAGGACAGGAACGUGAUAGCAGGGAAACAUGUCACGCAUGGUGAAUCUAAGGGUGAAGAGAGUUCUCAUGUGGACAAGAGAAAAAGGAAGUCAGAGAAUUCAAAAAGAACUAUGGGUCAACCUGAACAUGGUACGGGUGAUACGAUUUCAAAUUCUCAAGUGCUUAAACGACUGAAAAUAAUCUCCGGGAAUGAUGUAACCCAGAGGGGCGAAGAAGUUUCUACUCCCUCUGCUCUAACCAGCCCUAAGGAGAGAGAUUCAAAUGAUAGAGAUCCAAAUAAAGUUGGUUCUUCCAAUCUAAUUGAAAAAAGGAAAAAACAGCGGGAAGAUGUUGAUGCUAUUCUUUACUCGGCUCUUAUUUCUUCUAAAAAGUCUGAAACAUCUAAAAGACAUUCUUCUUCUUCAUCGAUGCCUAGUGUUGGGAUUAGACCACCCAAACCACCCAAGACAAGAAGAGACUAACAACUGACACCUGUUCAGAAUUUUUUACCAGCACCAUCGCACAAGAAUUCAGGUGUAAGUAUAACACCAUUAAUCUUACUCGGUAUUCGUGGAGCUUCAUCAUCACACUUUAAACGCUGUUGCCAAUUCCAAUGAAGACCGAAACUGCUGGCUGUCGCGAGGCUUGGCAAUUGGAUGUUAGAUAAGGUUUCAUCUCGAUUUUUUUGUUGGCACCGCCUGCUGCAAUGUCGUAUAGUUGAAGCCAUUCGUUUGGUGAGGUGUACCCUUGUAUAAGAGGCAGCUGAUAUGUGUAUUCUUGGGUUUGUGUAAACGGUAUGUUCUGUAAAUAAUGUUUGAUAGUUCAAUGGCUUUCUAUACAUUUAGAAGUCACAUUUUUGACAACUCACAAAUCUAAAUACAUGUAGGAUCACAUUUUUAGUACGGUACAGACUUGCCAUUAGCGCGUAAA